GGGCGCUCGGUUUGAAUUCGAGGCGGGCGGCGGGGCCGUUGUGGCCGCGGCUGAGGGACGAUGGCGGCGGCUGAGGCGGUGAUGGCGGUAGCGGCCGAGCGGAUGAUGGCGGCGGCGCUGGGCACGGCGCAGCUGCCCGCCAUGUGCAACCAGCGGCUGGCCGAGCUCCUGUGGCAGGUGGACGACGUCGACCUGGUGUGGCUGUCGGAGAUCCGCGAGGAGGCGGAGAGGAUGUUCAACAGCCGCUACAGCGACAAGCCCGAGCUGAUGCCCAAGACGCCGUCGCAGAAGAACCGGCAGCGGAGGAAGCGCCCGACCGCCCUGCAGGAGAACCAGGAGCCGGGCAGGAAGAGAUUAUCUAGAAGGAAGAACAGCAGUCUCAAACUAGCAUCCUCCAUGCGACGUUCCCAACGACUCCAAAAUAAAGAAAACCUGGAAACUGUCAUGGCCGAGGCCAAAGACAUCUCUCCACCUCGACGCGUGACAAGAUCCCAGGUGGCAACACACGCUAAAAGCUUCGAGGUCCUUCCUGAGACCCUUCCUGUCCGGCACGCACCCAGGAAGGCUCCCUCAGGGGAAGCUGAUGCCAGCGAUCCCAUCAGCGCUGUGACACCGCUCCGGGAGAGCGCUCCCAAAGCAGCAGAGCAGCUCCCCACACCCAUCCUCCUGAGCUCAGAGGAUGGCUCUCCCGAGGAAAGCAGUGCAGCCAAAUCCCCCCCUGCGCCCGUGCCUGCAGCCGCCGAGCUGAUAGUCCCUUCUACCCCCGAGGCAAACGGUGUGGGAGCAAGUGGGGCUGCCCCCGAGGCCGGGGCAGCCGAGGUGGCCCAUGCUGCGCUCGCUGCCAGUGAGCACCCCCGGCUGGAGGAGGCCGAGGACUCUGCCGAGGCCCAGGGGGGGCCUGACAAGGUGCCCCCCCAGCACGUGAGGGACCCCCCCGGCACCCCGACGGGCUCCAGGCUGAGCCGUCGCUCCGUGCGCAGGAGCCUCAUGGGCAAAACCUCCCUGAGCCGCAGAACGUCCCUGGCAGAGAAGUACUCCCUCGGCAGCAGGAGGGAGAGCGCGCUCAGGAGCUCGGCCGCCAAGAGGAAGGCAGCUCGGGCAUCAUCCGUCACCUCCAGCUCCAUUGAUGUCUCCAGCUCUGGAGAGAUGCCAGAGGAUGAGGAAACAGUUCUCAAACCUGGGCCGCCGCCUGGACCCUGCACCCCCUCCAAGCUGGAUCCCCCGAGCCCCCGGAUGUCGCUGCGCUCUCGGGCCGCCAGCAGGAGCGAGCAGCCGCAGGAGGGCACGAGCUGCAACGAAAGCAACUUAAAGAAGAGUGGGGAGACCCAGCAAGCACCCCAGAGUGCCAGGAGAAAGCCAAGCUACAAAAGAGCUGUGGAUGAGCGCUACGACCAGCAGCAAGCAGAAGAGGGAGGGCUUUCUCCUCUGAGAAGGAAGACCCCCUCCCCAACCUUUCCAGCCAGCAAAGUUGUGCGGCCGUUCAAGACGUUUCUGCACACUGUGCAGAAGAACCAGCUGCUCAUGACACCGUGUUCUGUGGGGAGGAACGGGGUGAUCAAGUCCUUCAUCAAGCACAACACCCCUCUGCGCUCCGAUCCCAAGGAAAAGGAGAGGCAGAAGCUGGAGACUCUGAGGAAGAAGCAGCAAGCUGAGCAGCUGAGAAAACAGAAACUGGAGGAGGAAAAGAAACGGCGACUGGAAGAGGCCAAGCUGAAGCGGGAGGAGCGCCUGCGCAAGGUGCUGCAGGCUCGGGAGCGGGCAGAGCAGAUGGAGGAGGAGAGGAAAAGGCGGAUUGAGCAGAAGAUAGCUCUGUUUGAUGAGAAGACAGAGAAGGUGCGGGAGGAAAGGUUGGCAGAGGAGAAGAUCAAAAAGAAGGCAGCUGCCAGGAAGAUGGAGGAGGCAGAGGCCCGGCGCAGGCACGAGGAGGAGGCCAGGAGACAGAGAGCCCUGCAGCAGGAGGAGGAGGAACGUCGGCACAAAGAGCUAAUGCAGAAGAGGAAGGAAGAGGAGCAGGAACGUGCCAGGAAGAUUGCUGAGCAGAGACAGGCAGAACAGGAGAGAGAGAAGCAGUUGGCUGCAGAGAGAGAGCUGGAGAGGAAGAAGGAACAGGAGAGGAUCCAGGCAGAAAAGCUCCGUGAGCAGGAGAAGGCUGCUCGCCUGAAGAAGGAGGUGCUGGCUGCUAAACUGAAACUCCAGAAGGAGCUGGAGAAGAAAGAACAGGAAGAGCAGAGGCUGGCAGAGAUGAAGAGGCAGGAGCAAGAACAGAAGAAGCUGGCAGAGAAGCAGCAGGCUGGCAAGGCAGCCCUAACACAGCACCAGGAGAACAAAGAGAACUCGCCCGCCUGCACGUCCUACCAGAUGACUCCACAGGGCCCCAGAUGUCCGAAGCCCGCCGUGGUAACCUCAAACAACUAUGGGAUGGAUGUGAACAGCGAUGACUCCACUGAUGACGAAAGCCAGCCUCGCAAGCCCAUCCCUGCCUGGGCCUCAAGGAGCCAGCUGAACCAGGCCGUGCUGCGGCUGUACUACAACCCGCCCAGCGUGGACGCGGUGUUCGGGACCAUGCCCAACCUGCAGCUCCAGGACAUCUUCUACAAGAGCAAACCGCGGUACCUGCGGCGCACGAGCUCCGCCGUGUGGAACUCCCCCCCCUUCCCGCGGGCCAAGCCGGCGCUGGGGCUGCCCUACAGCAUCAAGAAGUACUGAAGGAGCCGGGUACGUGCUGCCGGCUCGGAGGGGAGCACAGAGUUCCUGUUCAGUCUGUAAAUCUUUAGGUAUUAGCAUUGAAUAAAUGUCAGCUCUUACUGGGCCUCGUGCAUUUUCUCUGAUAGGCAAAGCUGGAAGCUUUUGGGAGAUGCAGCCUUGGAAAGAGGCAUCUCCUCUUACCCUUGGCUUUGAGCUGGCAAAGGUUUAGACCUUUAGGUCAGGAGUGCAUCACUGAAAGCUGUGUGUGAUGCUCCUCUCUUCAGCCAAGCAGGCCUGGUAGGAGCUGCCAGCGGCAGACAGAGGUGUCUGUCCUGUGGCUGAAGCCAGAGUUCUUGUGCAGCUCAGAGCCACUGCACACGUCUCGGGUGAAGUCAGGGCACUGCUGGUGUUCUCCAGGAGAUAUUGGGUAUCAGUAUCUCCAGAGGAUACCACCAGCAGUGGCCUCCAUCAGCCCUGCAAGUUGCAAAGCUGUGGUGUGGUUUCAUCUCCCAGCAGAGCACUUCACACCAGCCCCAAGAGCCACCAUGUGCAUGAGCUGCGUUGGUGCUGGUGGUGCUGAGGGUUGUAUUGACCCUUCUUCAGCUGCUGGAGCCAGGCAUGACCCCGGUGUGCUCAUGUCACCGCGGUGCCCAGGGUCCAGCACCAGCCUUGGCUCCGUUAGGAGAAACUGUACAAAGGUUCUGACAGAAUAUUGUUCCUCUGAUUGAAACCCCGUGUCUGUGCCCUGGGUUGGGUGGAAGAGAUGAGUUUAACCUGAAUCCCUCUCUCCCUUCCCACCCCUUGGCUCUUUCCUUUGUUCAGCAUCAAAGCUGAUUUUAUUUCUGGGCCUGUUCAGCACUUCUCCUCAGGGCAGUGCCAAAUGGACUGUUGUCAAAGCAAAAAUAUCAGCUCAAUUUCAGUCCCAAGAGCACUUGGUGUUUCAGUCCGUCCUUGUGCACGUGGCACAGACACACGAGCUCCUGCACAGCGAGAGCAGGGGUGGGUAGAACAGCACACACUCACCGGGGAGCUGCAGGGCAGCAGUUACCUGCUGUGGAACUCUGCAGCCUCCAUGGCUUUUCCCUCAUUCUCCUUUCUCUUCCUACUUCAGCCUGUCCUUGUGUGACAUACCCCUCGUGUUACACGUGUGUGAACCCUGUGUGUGGAGCCCGGGCAGUGUGUGAGGAGCCCUGUGCCCCGUGUGUGCGGGCCAGGGGCUGCCUCAGGCAGAUGCUGUUGGGGUGAUGUGGGGUUUGUGCUGCCAUCGCCUGCUCUCGGCUGGGGUUUGUAGCUGGUGGUGGGUGGGGGGUUGUUCCCCCACGUUCUCUGUACAUCCAGUUUUGUGCCUUACAAUGAGCAUGACCUGUAUGUAAGAAAGCUUCUGUGUCAAAUGCUGUUUGAAUGUCUGACCCUGAUAAAAGUGACUUAAACCAUC